AUGGAGACUAAUCCUCAGAUUUGCGAUGGCAUUUUGUAUUUAACUCCGGCAGGGGGGAGAACAAACGCCAACCACGCUGUUCCUGAACCUCCUUCAGGCGUUUGUGGCGGACUAGCAUGCCCGCCAUCACAGCUUGUCCACGACGCUGGGACCUACCAGCUGCGGUACUUCCCGGCGGCGCCCUAUGCCAAGACUACAGUGCAAGGCCUGCCAUUCCAGCAAGCCAAGCAGGUCUUGUAUAAGCGGCUGUACGACUACUUCAAUGGUGACAACACCAAGAACAUGACGAUGCCGUUGACCAAUCCCCUCAUUCUACGGUUGGAUCCCGGAAGUGACGGCCUCUGGUCCAAUGACAAUCAGACUCUGUUUUUCUUCAUUUCACCGGAGGUCGAGUCGCCGCCCGAUCCGACAGACACCACAAUUCGAGUGUUGGAGGUCAACGAUUACUACCUGUACAUUAGAACGUUUCCAGGCAACCCUGUGACGUACGCGGAGUGGAUGGCGGAGAUGCUGCAGCUGGCUGCUGACCUGGAUGCUGAUGGAGUGGCGUACGUCAAGUCCUAUUUCUACUUCGCCACCUACACUCACCCCUCGCGUCAGUGGGACCGGGUCAACGAAGUGCAGCUGCUACGCCCUAAGUCCAACAGUCAUGACCUCGAAGACACGGCACUGUAGCAUUUCCUCCACAAUAGAUGAGUACCUGUUAGUUUUUAAACUUUGACAAACAGC